AUGGCUACUGUAUCAAGUGCGCCGGCGCCUGGGAUGCACCAGAUUGAUUUAUCCAAGCUUAGUAUACAACAGUUGCUUCAACUCAAAACUCAAUUGGAUCAAGAAAUAAAUGUAUUCCAAGAUUCCUUGCAGACACUAAAGAUAGCUCAAGGCAAGUUUAUGGAAUCUGGGGAAUGUGUUGAGAAGAUGACACCAGAAGCAAAGGGUAAAACUAUAUUAGUACCAUUAACAGGAUCCAUGUAUGUACCUGGCACAAUAUCAGACACGGACAAUGUACUCAUUGAUAUUGGAACUGGAUAUUAUGCACAAAAAGAUGCUGCUGGUGCUAAAGAUUACUUCAAGAGGAAAGUAGCAUUUGUAACAGAGCAAAUAGAAAAGAUCAAAAUGCUGGGUAUGGAGAAGUCUAAAGUUCAUAAAGCCAUCUGUAUGAUGCUUGAGAUGAAAGUACAAGCACAGAGGCAAUCUGCCAAACCCUCAACAUCAUAG